UCUAAAUCCCAGUGAAUUUUUAUUCCUUUACUAUUUUUUUUUAUUCUAUAGAAUUCCAGCUUAGACAAUGUUGGCCAAUGAUGUGGAUGUUACCAAUUCAGAUGGGCAAAGUGAGGCGAAUGCAGUCGACAAUGCCCACGAAUUCGAUACCUCGAAAUGCAGUUGCAACUCCCCAGAUCUACAAACUAUUGAUCUAUCAGAACAACUAGAAGUAAAAAUCUCUUCCACAAUUACUUCUGAAGAGACCUUUAAAGAAGACUGCAACUUGCCCAGUUUGCCAAUGGAAACACUUUUGUCGCCUUUAAAUAUUAUCGAUCGAUUAAAAAGGGAGACUGAGGUAAAGGACUUUUUACCAUUUAAGUGUGGAGUGGGAGAACUUUCUUUUUUUGGCAAUCAAGAGCAAUCUUUGUGCGAAAAGCCGGAUUUUUCUGAAGAGAAGAAAGUGCCUAUGCCAUACUUUAUUCCUGAAUUGGAGAUGGCGUGUGCCAAUGAUGAGAAAAUAAAUGAUAUAAAUUCAUCUGAAAUUAAACAGACAAUUGAGGCGAAGAUCGAACUACCAGAAAUUCAACCUAUCAACGAACCAGUUUCACCAGAAAUCAAAGAAACAACAUUGUUUCGGAUUGAAGAACCAAAACUUGCUAAGAUAGAAGAACCAAAUUUACAAGAAAUCAAAGAAAUAAAUGAAUCUAGAACAGAGAAAUCUACUCUACUAGGGAUAAAUGAAGCAGAAGAAAAGCAUCAACAUAACGAAAUAAUUCACGAAGAAACUGGAAAAGAAAUUUCUACAGUUCUUCAACCAAAAUCAACGGGAAUCCUAGCUCCUUUAACUUUGCAGAUCGAAGAGCUGAUGGCUCCAUUUGUGGAAAUAGCAAAGCCAGUAAAUAAAUUGGGUUUCAUUAGUUCCCUCUUGGCAAGCAGAUCAACUUGGAAACCCAAUGUUAGGACAUCUUUUGGUGAUAGAGUUUCGAUAAGGAAAAAUAACCGAUCCAGGGAAAGAAUUCAACAGGAAGCUUCAAAAUCACUCAGGGCUCUUAUUUUAAGUUUAAAUAUGCUCAAAAGAUUGGAGGCAUCUUCACAUGAGAACUCAUAUAAAAGCCGAAUAAACAGAUUUGAGAAAAUGCGCAACUCAUUAACCUUUUCAAGAGUGUUUAGGCAGAAUAUUUUCCAGCUCACUUCGGCUGCAGAAAGUAGCAAGAAUAAAAUUGAAGAAAAGUCGUUGGCUUGUGAACCUGUAAUAAUGAGACCAAACAUAAAUGAAGAAUUACUUCCUGUAUUAUACAGAGAAGAUGCGAGUGAAGGAUUGAAUUGCAAUGGAUUAAAUAUAAGCAAGGAUUCUGUUUUUAGUGAUGUUUACGAAACCGAUGACUCGGAAAUCCAGAAGAAGUUGUGUGUGAAGAAAUCUCUGACAGAAGUACACAAUUUACCAAAAAGAAUUGACAAUUUGGCGGAAAUUCAGAGAAACGGAAGAGUUAUGUUCAGCCAGUGCGUAAGGGUUUUCUGUUUCAACAAAUUGAAGGAGUGGAAACGGCAAGGUAAAGUUAAAGGUUCCAACGAGACUCCUUACCGCUCCCCAUCCUUCUCAGGCGAGGGUCAAAUCGAGAUCAUGGAACACCUUGGACUGUACUAUAUAAUACUCCAUGACAAGGUCACCGGUGAACUGAUCAUCCUGAUGCGAGUGGACGAGAAGUGGCGCAUCGACUAUAUGUCCCAAAGUUCGUACAGCUGCCGCUGGACGAACAUCAAUUACGCAUGCUGUCGCGAGGGAAUCCUGGAGAGGAUCGCCUGCUCCUUCCGGGAGCCCAGCCACGCUGCCGAGUUCGUCGCCAGGAUCCGGAAUAGUGCGAUCCAAUCCCGCAUCGAGUAGAGUUCCUUGUUUUGACUUUUUUGUUUUUCCAGCCUUCGAGUUGAUUUCCCAGUGAAAUCUUGGUGUUUCUUUCGUUCGAGGACGUGCUACAAGCCGAUCUAUAAAUUAUGGUGGUGUCUUUCAAUAUAUUUUGUAUAAAUUGUGGUUUAAUUAUUAAAAAUUCUAGAAGAGAA